AUGAAAUUCUUUUAUUUGUUAUCGAUUUUAUUAUGCUUCAUCUACAGCAUCGAUUGUUUCCUCUGUCCGCCGGAUUAUUGCAAACAAAAUAGCUGCAAUAAUGAAGUUUGCGACGAAACCAAGGAAAUGCUAGUCGAAAAUGGAAGUAUCUGCGGUUGCUGUGAUGUUUGUUACAAAAAAUUGUAUGAAGGAGAGCGAUGCGUGCCUCUUAGGCGCCUUUCAGGACCUUUCAAAGCUAGAUGUGUGGAUGGUUUCGAAUGUGGCACCGAAUUGAAAUGCGUUAAACAGGCCUAA